CACUUGCGUAAGACGAAAUCCGGAAGGGUUCCCAAACUAUAGGGAGAAGAAUUGACAGUUUUAGGUUUUGGAUUGUUAAAGUUGGGUAACACAUCAUGUUUAAGAAAUUAAAGCAGAAGAUAAGUGAAGAACAGGGUACUCCCCGAUCUACGUCACAGCCUUCAGAAGGUCUGGGUAGUUCUUCAGUGGCUGAAAGACAAAAUGAGAGCAUUUCUGUUCACAGAGGCAGAGAAAAAAAUGAAUCUCACACUUUGGCACAAAAACUUCAGUUCCGAGUUCCAUCUGUGGAAUCACUCUUUCGAAGCCCCUCGAAGGAAGUUCUCUUCCGAUCUCUUUCCAAGGACUCCUUGGCACGGUCAUCCUCACGUGAUUCUCUCCAUCAACUGGAUCUUGAUGCACCGGUUGCCACGUAUGACCCACCAUCUGAUAUUGAAAGUGAGGCAGAAGAUUUGGUGGGAAAUCAGGAAACUCUGUCCAGAGAGCAGUUGAUUCACCAAUUACAGAGGAUGGACCGUAGCUUGGGUAAUUACAGAAUGAAGUAUUCAGAGCUUGUCACAACCUAUCGAACAUUGCAGAGAGAAAAAGAGAAGAUACAGGUAAUAUUGAGCCAGAGCCAAGACAAAGCACUACGCAGGAUAGGAGAACUCCGUGAGGAGCUUCAAAUGGACCAGCAAGCUAAGAAGCACCUUCAGGAAGAGUUUGAUGCUGCCUUAGAAGAGAAGGAUCAGUUGAUUAGUGUAUUACAGACACAGAACACCUUGUUAAAACUGAGACUGGGGAAUGAACAGCUGAGUGAUGAUUCGGUUGAGGUGGUUGCCCCAUCGUCUGACAGAGAGUCCCACAGUCCUACAAAAGAAAUCCAUGCUGGGAACACAUUAAUAGAAGGAGCAGGUGAUGCAGUGAGAUCUUUAGAAGUACUUCAGCAGCGAGUAAAACGUCAAGAAACUCUACUUCAUCGAUGUAAAGAAACUAUUAAAUUUCAUAAGGAAUGCUCAGCGCUGUUGACCAGUGAAAAGGAAGCCCUUCAGGAGCAGCUAGAGGAAAGACUACAGGAACUAGAAAAACUGAAGGAAAAAUGUCACUCAGAAUACCUGGGGAUAAUCCAGGAGAAAGAGCAACAAGGACUGUUGGCCUUGGAAGAACUUGAGCUGCAGAAAAAUGCCGUACAGUUACAGAAUGACGAGAAAAUUCAGGAACUGCAUCAAGAAGUGGAAUCACAAAGAACUGUAUUUUCUGUUGAGACAGUGCAAAAGAUUUCACGGGCUCAGUCUCUCUGUAGUUCUUUUCACCAGAAGGACAUGAAGCAGAAACCCCUUCUGUUUCACAGCUCAUUCUUUGCUGGAUAA